AUUAGUUUAUCUUAUUUUUCUGUGUUAAAACAAAGCAAAUAUUGUGAAAUCAGAAAUGGUAUACAUUUUAGGCUCCACCUUAGCCUUGUAAAUUGAACAGCUCCACCCACAGUAUAGUACGCAGGAUGAACGCGUUCCCCCCCCACACACACAUACUAGUUUGAAAUUGUGCCAUCUCUCGCGCCGUACUGUACUGUUUCCUGCGCUCAUACUACCUCCAACCCCACCUCCGACAUGACUGACUGGAUUGCCUUGGCCUAUGGCACGGUCUUCCCGUGCCUGAUCCUGUUUGCGGUCUAUGCGGUGGUCAUCUCCGUCAUGCAGCAGCGCAAAGAAACUCUGGACACCGAGAACUUCAUCACAGCCCGUGGGUCGGUUGGAAAAUGGCGCAUUGCCUUCAGCUUCUACGCAGGGGCCGUGGGGUCGUGGGUGGUUACGGGGCCAGCCAACUACGCCUCGUAUUCGGGUCUGAUUGGCUGCACCAUGUACGCUAUCUCUGCUGGCUUCCCUAUCUUCUUCUUAGCCGUGUUUGGCAACGGCGUGGUUAGUCGGCUACCCCACGCCAUGAGUUUCCACCACUUUAUCGGCUGGCGCUUUGGCUAUGUAGCCAAGACGAUGGUCAUCCUCAUAGGCAUGUUCAACAUGGGACUUGCCCUACUGGCCGAAUACACCACCACCGGCUCCUUGUUCAAAGACUACGUAGGGUCAACCAACCUACCCGUGAUCAUCACUAUCGGAGUGCUUACAGUGUUCUACACCACCCUAGGAGGCUUGCACGUGUCUAUUGUCACGGAUCGUAUCCAGGCAAUUGCCAGUAUGGUGCUGAUGGUUGUGCUGGUUGUGUACCUGGCUGUAGACUUCCGGGAGGACUUGCCCACACCCCUGACCAGUGAUCAGAUCGGCACCACCUACUACGGGUACUCGUCUAUUCUGGCCAUGCCUGUGUCAAUGAUGGCAGCGACGGUGUUUAACGAGGCUAUGUGGCAGCGUGUGUGGGCGUCGGAGAACAAAGCUUCGCUCAUGUUUGGCGCUAGUGUAGCCUCUGUGGCUGUCGGCUGCGUGACUUUCUUGUUUGGAUUUGGAGGCUGGCUGGCGGCAUGGGCCGGCUACAUCACCAUGGAAACCAAUCCCAAUCUCUACUGGUUCACCCUCUUCACCGGAGGCACCAGCACUACCCUUAACAACUGGGCCGGCUUGGUAACCCUCAUCGCCGCAGCUAUUAUGAGCGAGUCGGCUGUGGAUAGCUUUCAGAACGGACUGACGUCGGUGGUUGUGUCGACGUUCCUGAAUGGAAAGGACAUCAAGUACGCGCGUAUCCUGGUGCUGGUGCUUAACAUCCCGUUGAUUGUGUUGGCGUGUCUGGAGAUUGCGGAUCAGGUGCUGGCGUUGUUUCUGGUUGGUAACAUGAUCACGUCGUGUUGUGCUGUUCCGGUGCUCUCAGGU